AUAUAUGAUCAAAUUCACAAAGAGGAACACAUAUUUUGGAAGCUCUUAAUGAAUUUGGAGAUAUGAUGGAGCAAGCUCAUGUAGUUCUUCAUCCCUUACCAGUACAAGGCCACAUAAAGCCAUUGUUAUGCCUUGCAAAGCUUCUUAGUGAACCUGGCCUUUAUGUCACCUUCCUCAUAACCCACCACACUCGCAACCACUUACCAAACCUCUCAUCCCUCUCCACCCACUUCCCAAAUCUCCAUUUUGAAUCCAUCUCCGAUGGCCUGCCUGAUGAUCAUUCUCGUGAACCUUCUUCCGAAUUCUUCUCCCGAAUUAAGACCAAAACCAAGCCACAUCUCAAACAAUUUCUCCUUAAUUCUCUUGGAAGGAAAUCUAUGUCGUCUUCUCCUCCGGUCACUUGUAUUAUAACAGAUGAAUAUUUACCUUAUACACGUGAAGUAGCAGAGGAAUUGGAGAUUCCUACAUUUGCAUUUGUUGGGCAUAGUGCUUCUUACUUGUUGGCCUACUUGAGUGUCCCUAAGCUCAUCGAACAAGGUCACCUUCCUUUUCUAGGUGAAAACAAGAAUCAUGAAAUCAAUGGUACUACUGUGCCUGGACUUGAAGGGCUGUUGCGACCCAAAAAUUUACCUCCUUUCUGUUUGUCCAACUAUAUACACCACCCUCUAGUCCAAUCACAUCUCGAUCAUAUAUUCGGCAUGAAUGGAUCUUCUGGUCUCAUAAUCAACACCUUUGAAGAUCUUGAAGUGAAAAGCCUCCGUUAUGUUGCUAGACACUUUUCACAAAACUUACAUAGUUGGGCCUCUUCAUGCAUUGAACUUGAACUCUAAAUCUGAUCGAAACUCCCAUUUGUUAGCUUCCCAUGCCUCUCAUUGGGAAGCAGAUCAAAAUUGCCUUGCCUGGCUUGAUUCACAGCCUUUGAAGUCAGUUCUAUAUGUUAGCUUUGGGAGUCUUGCCCAAGCUUCAAUUUCUCAAUUGUCGGAAUUUUGGCACGGUUUGGUCAAUAGUGGACACCCUUUCUUGUGGGUCCUAAGACCAGAUGUUAUAUUAUGUGAAGAAGGAGAGCAUGUGAUUGUUCCUCAAGAGCUUCAAAAGGGUGCAAAUGAAAAGGGACUUAUAGUUGAUUGGGCUCGACAAGAGCAAGUUUUGGGCCAUGAUUCUAUUGGUGGGUUUUUGACCCAUUGUGGUUGGAACUCCAUCUUAGAAAGCAUUGUGGCUAGAAUUCCACUGAUCUGUUGGCCCCAAACAAGCGACCAAAAUAUUAAUGCUGAUCUUGUUAGCAAUGUGUUGGGAGCUGGGCUUGAAUUGGAAGCUUGUGAUAGGUUGAUCGUACGAAGGGCUGUAGAAAACUUGAUGGGAAGUAAAAGGGAGGAACUUCAAAAUUCAAUUGAUAGAAUUGCAAAAUGUGCUCAAGAUGUUAUUGGAGCAGGUGGGUCUUCUAUUCACAAUUUGGGAAUCCUAGUUGAAGAUAUCAAGAAGAUAAAACUAGAGAGCCAAAAUGUGGAAUAAUCAAAUGCUUGGUGUUUGGUUGCUACUUUAUUUGGAUAUUUCGUAAAUUAAGUUGUUAAUUAGUAGGUCAUGUAGAUUUAUAAGUAUACCAACCGAAUUUCUUGAUUUAUUUAUAUGGACGAUCUUGGAAAAAUAAUUGUUAUAUAGUUUUAUAAUAUGAAUAAUUCUAUUAUAAGUUUUACUUUCUGAAAUAUUGACCAUAUUAGU